AUGCUGGAAGAGGUGGAAGUGUUAUCAACCGAAGCGAUCGACAUGAUUGGUAACUGGAUGCAAGGAGCGAAGCUGCAGAUAGCCCACCACAAAACGGAAGUGUUAUUGGUCAGUAACUGUAAAGCGGUACAGCGGGAAGAAAUCACCGCCGGGGUGCACGCCAUAGCCUCGAAGCGUGUGUUAAAAUACCUGGUAGUGAUGAUCGAUGACCGGCUACACUUCAACAGCCACGUCGAAUAUGCCUGUGAGAAGGCUUCGAAGGUCAUCAACGCGAUAGCUAGAAUCAUGCCAAACAACGCUGGUCAAAGCAAUAGCAAGAGGCGUCUUCUGGUCAGUGUGUCGUCAUCGAUACUGAGGUAUGGAGGUCCAGCCUGGGUUGCAGCACGGGGAACGAAGCAGUACCAAAGGAAACUGAGCAGUACGUUCCGGCUCAUGGCCAUGCGAGUCAUGAAGAUGGGCGAUCCCGAGCUGUUCUAA